AUGGCGAUGUUAGUUGAGCCACCAAACGGGAUCAAACAAGAAGGGAAACAUUACUACACGAUGUGGCAAACAUUGUUCGAAAUCGACACGAAGUACGUUCCGAUCAAACCAAUCGGAAGAGGAGCUUAUGGCGUGGUCUGUUCAUCGAUCAACCGAGAGACCAACGAGAGAGUCGCCAUCAAAAAGAUCCACAAUGUGUUUGAGAAUCGUGUCGAUGCCUUGAGGACGCUGAGAGAGCUCAAACUUCUUAGGCAUGUGAGGCACGACAAUGUGAUCGCGCUUAAAGAUGUUAUGUUGCCUUCGAAUCGAUCCAGCUUCAAAGAUGUUUACUUGGUUUACGAGCUGAUGGAUACCGAUCUUCAUCAGAUCAUCAAAUCCUCUCAGUCUCUCUCUGAUGAUCACUCCAAAUACUUCUUGUUUCAGUUGCUUAGAGGAUUGAAGUAUCUUCACUCUGCAAACAUCCUUCACCGGGAUUUGAAGCCAGGGAACCUCUUAGUGAACGCGAACUGCGAUCUCAAGAUAUGCGAUUUCGGGUUGGCGAGGACGAGCAGAGGCAAUGAACAGUUCAUGACGGAGUAUGUGGUUACACGUUGGUACAGAGCACCGGAGCUUCUUCUCUGCUGUGAUAACUAUGGAACCUCCAUUGAUGUCUGGUCUGUCGGAUGCAUAUUCGCAGAGAUUCUUGGUCGGAAACCGAUCUUCCCUGGAACAGAAUGCUUGAAUCAGCUUAAACUGAUCAUCAAUGUCGUUGGCAGCCAGCAAGAAUCGGAUAUUCGGUUUAUAGACAAUCCGAAAGCGAGAAGAUUCAUAAAGUCUCUUCCUUUCUCAAGAGGAACUCAUCUCUCUAGUCUCUAUCCACAGGCCAAUCCUUUGGCUAUAGAUUUGCUCCAGAGGAUGCUUGUGUUUGAUCCAACGAAGAGGAUCUCUGUGACUGAUGCGCUCUUGCACCCGUACAUGGCGGGAUUGUUUGAUCCUGGAUCAAACCCGCCUGCUCAUGUUCCGAUCUCUCUUGACAUUGAUGAUAACAUGGAGGAACGAAUAAUCAGAGAGAUGAUGUGGGAGGAGAUGCUUUAUUACCACCCUGAAGCUGAAACCGCAAACGCUUGA